AUGAGCCAAGGAAUAUCUCUCUUGGCCUGCCUAGAAGAACAGCGUAAAGCAAAACGAGCUCGGUUCCCUACCGCACGCGUUGAGGGCCCAGACAUUGACGAGGAUUCCAACUCACCUGUCUACGAUGCGUACCUACAAACACAAGGAGCCGAAGGCAUAAUGACACUCACCAACUUCUCGCCGUCAGAGUUUAACCUACUCUGGGCAGACGUUCGCCAGCACAUCUUCAGGCACUGGAAUGUGGGCUCCGGUCGCAAGUGUGCAGUGUGCGCUCGAGACCUAUUGCUCAUGAUGCUUGCAUCACUCAAACACUGCGGUACCUGGGAUAUCGUUGGUCAAACGUUUCGCACAACUGUGGCAACAUUCGAAAAGCGCGUCAUGAGCUUCAUAGAGGUCAUGCAUCCCUACCUUCUGCGCAAGUAUGUUCAUGGAAUGGCAUCCAAGUGGUCGAUGCAUGAGCUUGCCGCCAACGGAACAAGGUUCGAGCACUACCCAUAUGCACGCUACGCCACCGAUGUUACUUUCCAGCAGACAAACGUACCUGUCGGUUCGUACGCCGAAAAGAAUCUGUACUACAGCGGCAAGCAUCAUCUUUACGGGCACAAAGUUGAGGUGUCAAUCCUUCCAAAUGGCUUGGCGAUCAAUUGCACGUCGUACCACAAGGGAAGUGUCUCGGACAAGGCGAUCUUUGACGACAAUCUCGACUUUCACUUUCACCGCACCAACCUCACCAAGCACCCAAGCGAAAUGGAGAUGACGGACACUGGCGGUCGUGUCGAGCAAUGGGCAGUCCUG